UGGAGCCACACCCCUAGAGUGGCCAGAGAUCUGGCUGAUGAUGGUCACAUGGGUCUCUCUCAGCAUGGUGGGAAGGAAAAGUUAUUUGAAUUGCAAGCGCUCCCUGCCUGCUUGGGGACGAUUAAAGUUGCAGAGCCGCUUCCCGGGCAGUUUUCCUGCUUCUGCCUGAAGUUCGCUGCGCCGUCCGCCUUAUCAGCUUAGCUCAAAAUGCUUCACUGAGUUUGCAAGGGAGUGUUUUUGAAUGAAGGUGUAUUCCAGCAUGUAAUUUCUUCUUGCUGUUUGUACAGCCUAGACGUGCAUUGACUGCUCCAAUAAGAAUUAGACAUGCCUUACUGUGCUGCCCCUGCAAAGACUCUUAGUUAACACAGAGGCAUAAAGGAAAUAAUGGCUGGUAAUGAUGACCUGUUAAAGAAUCUGCAGAAUAACUUGCAAGAACUGAACAGUCUUCGCUCUAAGUAUUAUAUUUCAGCAAAACGUCCCUUAUCUGCAGUUACCAAAUCAUUGCUUCGUGACCAACAACAAUUGCCAAGAGAGAAUAUGAACAUCCAGCCGUUUGCUCCUAGAAAGAGUAUCCGCCACCGUAAUCCAUACUGGCCGGAUGAAGAAAUCAGGACCUUCAUUGAGAUCUGGGGUGAUGAUCAAGUCCAAGCUUCACUGGCCACCAAUUUUCGCAAUGAGGCUCAGUAUGAGUGGAUCUCUGAUCGGAUGCGAGAAUAUGGCUAUGAUCGCGACAUGAAGCAGUGCCGUUUGCGUGCCAAGGAGCUUCGGCGAGGAUACAAGGCAAUUGUUUGUGGAAACAACAACUCUGUGAGUGGUCAACGGGCCCUGCCAUUCUAUGAUUCCUUGAAUAGUUUCCUGUGCAUGCACAAGGGCCUUGUGGUGUCCAAAGUGUCCCUCUCUAUCGAUCGGAGGAAUCGAGAGGCACAGAAGCUGGGGCUGGAGCAGGAGAAGAAUGAAAAACUAAGUGUUGUCCUCGUUUCUGAUGAUGAUGAAGCAUCCAUCCCAGAGCCUGCAGAUGACUCAAAUGGCUAUUUUCAAGACCCACGGAUGGAUUCCGAUCCUCUGAAUGCACAAUCUCCAAGUGAUGAAUGGGAGCAGCAUGGAGAAGAUGACAUUCUGGCAGGUGAUGAGGCUUCACUCAAUUUUCCCAGUGCUCGAGGAGAGGGCCAUUCUGCUCCCAAUUCAGGGCCAUCCACCUCCUUGCCCAGAGCACCGCUAGCUGACACUGACAGAGCGAGCAACCACUGGAGCAGGAAGCCGAGGAAGCAAGCUGACACUACCUCAGACCUUGUGGACGCUAUCUCACAAGUGGGCGACAGACUAGUGUGUGCUCUCUCUGAUUUGCACUCAAAACACACAGAGACAUCUGAGCUUGCCCAGACCCAGGAAAGUAAUGCCCACAAGGAGGAGUUUACCAUCCUUGCAAAACACGUGGACCAGGCCACAAAAAACGUGGACAAACUCAUCAUGCUUAUGGAGACUUCGACCAGGCGGAUUGCAGAUGCCAUGGACAGGCAAACAGCUGCCUUGGAGAACCUGGCACAGUUGUUUGCCACAAGAGCGCUGGCUCCUUCGUUGCCCUCAGUAUCCAAAGGGCAGCCUCUGCUUUCUUCCCCAAGCACCUCUGAACUGCUCUCAUCACCACCGCUGCCAGCAGAGCUGCACAAUGCCCUGAACACUUUGGGGGCACACCACACUGGUGAUCCCAAAGCACCAGAAUCACCAACUCCUAGGGAAGGCGAGGAAUCUCAGCCAAAGGCAAAGAAAAUAAAAACAGAAGAUGACUAGUGGAAUCUAAUUGAAUGGCAAUCUCUAAGGCAUGCCUGUUUGCUCCCCUUGGGUUGUCCCAUUCAUCCCUUUUAAAGAAUUCCUUGGGUAGGGGGAGUCAGGAAGCUGAAAGCUGUAACAAAUCAUAUUUGGCCUUUGUUUGUUUGUUUAAAUGUAGCCAGAUUUUAAGUUUGCAGGUGGGUUUUGCAUAGGAAAGGGAAGGAUGAUUUUGCCUAGGAUGACAAAUGUGUACAGUUCACUAGCAUUCCGCUAUUCUAUCACUUGUUCUGUAUGCUGCUGCUUAGUUAUGCAAUACAGGCUGCAAUCCUGUGCACACUUCCUGGAGAGCAAGUCCCAUUGAACUCAGCAGGCUCUACUUCUGAGUAGCCAUGAAUAGGAUUAGACUGUGUAAAUGUGGUCCAGAUGUGGGCUUGGGGCACAGAGAACGUGGAUUCAAAAUCUCUGAUCAGUCCUGAAGUUGGUGGGUGGCCUUCAUCAGCUCCCUCCAAGCCUUGGUGGUUUUGAUGAUGAGCGAUUUUAAAGAUUGUGAAUCAUCAUACACAGUAAACCUGCUAUAAACGAGUAGAGAACUCUGUUCUUUGUUGCUACAUAAAAAUCCUGUUGUUAAAUCAGUGAGAUGGACAGUGGGCUGUUUUCCUCCCUUGUGUCUCUGAAACUGUGUGCCAGAUGAAGCCAUAUCUGAUAGGCACACAAAAAUAGUCUCAAAAUAAUUAAAAAAGAACAUCUUUUAAGGUGAUUGCAGCAACUGCUCUUGCAAGAUGAGAGCCCAACCUCUUGGUGGUUCUUUUCUUCACAGGUGACAGCUUGAGGAGGUGUAGAUGACAGUGCCCAGAGCAAUGAUCUCUCAGUUUUUACUCAAGUGGGACUAAAUGGGUUUGAAAGAGAAGCAUAACAAACCUUCGCGUUUCAAAGAACUCUUACUUACGUAUGAAAGUUCUAUGCAACUUAAAAGAAAAAAGCCUUGUAGAGGAGACCAAGGGACUAAGUAGUUCAGCAUUUUGUUUUUUAAUAUCAACCUGCCUGGUGUUUUUGGGCAGCGUACAAGGAAGGGGUGUGAAUGUGAUGGUCAUCUCUUGUUUAACCCCAGCUUCUAGUACUCAAGGGUUUCUGACCAUUGCUGUACCACCUAUCUAUCUGGGCUGCCUGCACAAAACCACUGAGAAAUCACACACACACACCCAAUGAAUUUGUCUUUGAAGACAUCCUGGGUAGUGGCCAGUACUAUAUCUUGUAGUUCUUAGUUCCAUAAGUUUUGUGUGGAAUGAAGAAGUACUUCCUUCUGUCUGUCCUGAAUGUACUGACAAUCAAUUUCAAUCAUUAUGUCAAGGUCUAAGUUGUUAGAAGUGGGUGAAACAUUUUUUUUAUCUCCCUCCUUAACUUUCUUACUUACAGGGAACAUGUUUUCCAUCUCCAUUAUUCUUCAGGUGGGUGACCAUGACUGUACAGCCAAAAGCUUAUUAGCCCCAAGACCCGAUAAAACUGGCCUGAUAAAAGGCACAAUGUGUGAGCCCUUUUAGAGCUCACAACAGGAAAAAUAGUUUUACAUUUUAGGAGAUAAAAUGGGAGUGUGUUUGGCUGUGACAAUAACUACCUGUCAGAAGUCACUGUAGGGACCUGAGUGAGGAAAGUGUGUAACAGAAGAGAUCCAGUUCACUUGUAAACAAGCCCACUGACCUCACUAGUUCCAGGUCAGCCUUCACUGACCUGAUGCCAUCCAGGUGUUUUGGACUACAGUUCCCAUUCAGCCCCAGCCAGCAUGGCUGUGCUAGUUAUGGCCAAUGGGAGUUGUAGUCCAAAACAUUUGGAGGGUACCAGGUGGGUGAAGGCUGAAUAUUCCCU